AUGAUCCAGAAGAGGACUGGAAGAAUGUGUUAUGGGGAGGAGAACUGGGUCGACAGUAGGACCGUCUACAUCGGCCAUAAAGAACCCCCUCCUGGAGCAGAGGCCUAUAUACCUCAGCGUUACCCUGACAACCGCAUCGUCUCCUCAAAGUACACCUUUUGGAACUUCAUCCCCAAGAACCUGUUUGAACAGUUCCGACGAAUUGCCAACUUCUACUUUUUGGUCAUAUUUCUUGUCCAGCUCAUCAUCGACACCCCCACCAGCCCAGUCACCAGUGGCCUGCCGCUCUUCUUCGUUAUCACGGUUACCGCCAUCAAGCAGGGCUACGAGGACUGGCUACGACACAAAGCUGACUGCUCCAUCAACGAGUGUCCGGUGGAUGUGGUGCAGCGUGGGAAGGCGGCGAGGACGCAGAGUCACAAGCUACGGGUGGGUGACAUCGUGGUGGUUAGAGAAGACGAGACCUUCCCAUGUGACCUCAUCCUCCUCUCGUCAAGCCGACAGGAUGGUACCUGCUACGUCACAACCACUAGCCUGGAUGGGGAGUCCAGUCACAAGACGUACUACGCCAUACCAGAUACAAUGGCCUUCAGGACUGACCAGGAAGUGGAUUCCCUACACGCCACUAUUGAAUGUGAACAACCACAGCCUGACCUCUACAAAUUUGUGGGACGGAUCAAUAUUUAUAAGGAAAAUGAAGAACCUGUCGCGAGACCACUUGGUGCUGAGAACUUACUACUCAGAGGAGCAACACUGAAGAACACACAACAUAUUUAUGCCGUUGCCAUCUACACCGGCAUGGAGACGAAGAUGGCGCUCAAUUACCAGUCCAAGUCACAGAAGCGUUCCGCCGUAGAAAAGUCCAUGAAUGCCUUUCUGAUUGUCUAUCUUUGCAUCUUGAUCAGUAAAGCAGUCAUCAACACCGUACUAAAAUACGCCUGGCAGUGGUCUCCGGACCGUGACGAGCCAUGGUACAACCAUAGGACGGAGAAUGAGCGACAAAGACAUGUGGUGAUCCGAGCUUUCACCGACUUCCUAGCCUUCACCGUGUUGUUCAAUUACAUCAUUCCCGUGUCCAUGUACGUCACGGUGGAGAUGCAGAAAUUUCUGGGCUCCUAUUUCAUCACGUGGGAUGAGGAAAUGUUCGACGAGGAAUUGGGAGAGGGAGCUCAGGUUAACACCUCCGACCUGAAUGAGGAGCUGGGUCAGGUGGAAUAUGUUUUCACUGAUAAGACGGGCACUCUGACGGAGAACAACAUGGAGUUUAUCGAAUGCUGCGUAGAUGGGAACGUUUACAUUCCCCAUGCAAUCUGCAACGGUCAAAUCCUAAGCGCUGCCUCCAGCAUAGACAUGAUUGAUUCUUCACCGGGUGGAUAUCGCAGAGAGCAUGAGGACCUGUUUUUCCGGGCAUUGUGUCUGUGUCACACGGUGCAAGUGAAGGAGGAGGAGACAGUGGACGGCAUCAAGAAGGGCAUCCAUCAAGGCCGACCCACUUCCUUUUACAUCUCCUCCUCUCCGGAUGAGGUGGCUUUAGUCGAGGGAAUGAAAAGGCUGGGCUACACCUACCUGAGACUGAAAGACAACUACAUGGAGAUCCUGAACAAAGACGACGAGAUUGAAAGAUUUGAGCUGCUUCAUGUGCUCAACUUUGACUCUGUCAGGAGGAGAAUGAGUGUCAUUGUCAGGGCGAGUUCAGGGGAAUAUUUGCUCUUCUGCAAGGGCGCUGAUUCUGCCAUUUUUCCUGUGGUGGUAUCUGGCAAGGUGGAGCAGGUGAAGGCUCGUGUGGAGCAAAAUGCUGUAGAGGGCCUGCGAACCUUGUGCGUAGCCUACAAGAAGCUGUCGGAGUCCGAGUACCAAGAUGCAUGUCGGCACUUGACGGAUGCCAAGCUGGCUCUGCAGGACAGGGAACAGCGGCUGGCUGAGGCUUAUGAGGUCAUUGAAAGAGAAUUUGUGCUCCUGGGUGCCACUGCAGUAGAGGACAGGCUCCAGGAGAAGGCGGCCGACACCAUCGAGUCACUGCACAAGGCGGGAAUUAAAGUUUGGGUGCUGACAGGAGACAAAAUGGAGACGGCGGCGGCCACCUGCUACGCCAGCAAGCUGUUUCGCCGUACCACUCAAAUCCUGGAGCUGACCAAGAAGCGCACAGAGGAGCAGAGUCUGCAUGAUGUUUUGUUUGAGCUCAACAGGACAGUUCUCAGGCAGCGAUCCAUUUCUGGGUUGACUGUCGACUGCCUGGAUUUCGGCCUGAUCAUCGACGGAGCCACGCUGUCGGCCGUCCUCAAGCCAAACCAGGACGUUGCCGGCCACGGAAACUAUCGAGAGAUCUUCCUGGAGAUCUGUCGUAACUGCAGCGCUGUGCUUUGCUGUCGAAUGGCACCGCUGCAGAAGGCACAGAUUGUGAAGCUGAUCAAAGCCUCCAAAGAGCACCCGAUUACGCUCGCUGUUGGAGAUGGAGCGAAUGACGUCAGCAUGAUUUUAGAAGCACACGUGGGCAUUGGGAUCAUGGGUAAAGAAGGUCGACAGGCCGCCAGGAACAGCGACUAUGCCAUCCCCAAGUUCAAGCAUCUGAAAAAAAUGCUGCUGGUUCACGGCCACUACUACUACAUACGCAUCGCCGAGUUGGUCCAGUACUUCUUCUACAAGAAUGUAUGCUUCAUCUUCCCGCAGUUCCUGUACCAGUUCUUCUGCGGCUUCUCCCAGCAGCCUCUGUACGACACGGCUUAUUUGACCUUGUAUAACAUCAGCUUCACGUCACUGCCCAUCCUCCUCUACAGUCUGGUGGAAAAGCACGUCACCAUGGAGACGCUUAAACGGGAGCCCUCCUUGUACAGGGAUAUCGCCAAAAACUCCCUCCUCUGCUGGCCAGUCUUUCUGUACUGGACAUGCCUGGGCGUGUUUGACGCCGUCGUCUUCUUCUUUGGUGCCUACUUCCUAUUUGACAAUACCACCUUCACCAGCAAUGGCCAGAUGUUUGGCAACUGGACCUUCGGGACUCUUGUUUUCACUGUGCUAGUGUUCACCGUGACACUCAAGCUCGCCUUGGACACGCACUACUGGACCUGGAUCAACCAUUUUGUCAUCUGGGGCUCUCUCCUUUUCUAUGUGAUCUUCUCGCUCCUUUGGGGAGGCAUCAUUUGGCCCUUCCUCAACUACCAGAGGAUGUAUUAUGUCUUCAUGCAAAUGCUAUCCAGCGGGCCGGCCUGGCUUAGCAUCAUCUUGCUCAUCACGGUCAGCCUGCUUCCUGAUGUCAUUAAGAAGGUCCUCUGCAGGGCCGUAUGCCCUACAGCCACUGAGCGUACUCAGUCCACUCCUCGCCCGUGCCUUACUGUGGAGCCCUCCACCAUCUUCAUGCUUUCUCAGUCGUCCAGCAGAAUGAGUUUCUGA